AUGGGUUUUGAUCCUUUUGGCAAAAAUGUCAUCGGGAUUUUGAGAGAGAUUGCAUUGAAUCUGUCCAUCACAUUGGUGCUGACAUUCAGCGAUGUGGCCAUCAAACUCUCUCAGGAGGAGUGGGGAUGCCUGAACAUACAUACUCAGAGGCAAUUGUACAGGGAUGUGAUGUUAGAGAACUACGGACACCUCCUCUUCCUAGAUUUCGUUGUGUGGAAGCCAAACCUGGUCCUCUUUUUGGAGCAAGAGAAGGAGCUCUGGGAUAUGAAGAGAAAGAAGAGAGUAGCCUUCCACCCAGGUAGGUGAGACUGAAUGAAGCAGAUGACAGAGGUGAGGUCCAAAUGUGAAGCA